AUGGUCCCUCUCCUGUUCUUCCUGCUGGCUCUCUUCCCCUUCAGCACUGAAGCAGGAGAAAUCAUAGGAGGUCAAGAGGUCAUACCCCACUCCCGGCCUUACAUAGCAUAUGUAAGCUUCUAUAAUCUCAAGUCUGUCCAGGACAGCUGCACUGGAUUCCUGGUACGAAGCGAUAUUGUAAUGACAUCUGCUCACUGUAAUGGAAGCAAAAUAAAUGUCACCUUGGGUGCUCAUUAUAUCAAAAGAAAGGAAAACACUCAGGUGGUCAUUCCUGUAGCCAAAGCCAUCCGUCAUGAGAACUACAAUAGUAAACUAUUGCUCAAUGACAUCAUGCUGCUAAAGCUUAAAUACAAAGUUAAAAUCACCAGAGCUGUGAACAUCAUUAACUUGCCAUCAAGCCAUGACUGGGUGAGGCCUUGGCAGGUAUGCAGUGUGGCAGGCUGGGGGUUACUGGCCAAUGGCAAAUAUUCCGACACACUCCAAGAAGUGGACCUGCAAGUUCAGAAUGCACAGAUAUGCAAAGACAUCUUCUCAAACUUCAGUAAUGCCAAGCAACUGUGUGUGGGAGAUCCCGAGGACAAGAAGGUCACUUCUCAGGGUGAUGCCGGAGCGCCACUGGUGUGUAAAAACGUGGCUCAGGGCAUUGUGAACUAUGGUCAUUUUGCUGAGCCUCCAGCAAUUUUCACAAGGAUCUCAAGUUAUGUUCCCUGGAUUGUGGGAAAAAUAAAACUUCUGGAGCAUCUCUAG